AUGGAGGAUGAGAUGAUAAGGGAUCGCAUUGUUAUCGGAGUUCGAGAUAACCAUACCCGUAAAAAGUUGUUACAGGAGAAGAAUCUAGACCUUCAGCGUUGCAUAGAUAUAUGCCGAUCGAAUGAGAAAUCUGAAUCUCAGCUCAAGUCUAUUGCAGAUGUUCACCAUGUCAAGUUCAAGCAGAAAGUGAAACAAGAUAAUCGUGGUAAGACUGAGAAACGUAGAGACACACAAUCCAUACCAACCAUUCAGUCAUGUCGAUACUGUGGGAGAACACAUCCGCGCAGCCGAGAGAAAUGCCCAGCGUUUGGACAGACUUGCAACUCGUGUGGUGAGCAGAACCAUUUCGAAAGGAAGUGUCCCAACAAAGAGCCUCCUAGAGCAAAACAUCGUGAAAAACGUCGUGGUACAUGGAAUCGCAGAAAGUCACAAGUUCAUGAUAUAAAGACCCAUGAAAGCGACUCAUCCGAUGAACUCGUUCUCGUUAUUGAACAAGUGCACUCACUUUCAUCUAAACGUCAUACAGCUGUAAUGAAUAUCCAGGUCAAAUAUGUGGAGUUCCAAUUGGACAAUGGAUCUACAGCUAAUAUCUUACCUGCUCAUGUGUACGUGCGUCUCACAGCUGACAAGGAAUUUCAGAAUCUGAAGAAAACUGAUGUUACCCUACAGAUGUACAACAAAACUGAAACUAAAGCCUUGGGCACCAUCAGGAUGUCUGUUCGAAAUCCGUGCAAUCGAAAAAAGUAUAAUCUAGAAUUCCUCAUUGUGCCAGGCAAAGAACUACAUUGUAUUCUGGGCAAACGAGCUAUUGAAGGAAUGGAACUUAUUACUGUGCAUACGGACAAAUUCCUCACAAAGACACAAGUUCAGAAUGAUGUCAUUUCGCAGAUUGACAUUAAAGAAGAAAUUAAUGAGAAGUAUGCAAAUGUGUUCAAGGAUCUCGGAAAACUGGACGGUAAGCUUCAUUUGGAGGUCAAGGACAGUGUGCGACCUGUACAGUUACCGCCUCGGAAAAUACCAUUAGCCUUGAAACCAAAAGUGAAAGAAGAGCUAAACAGACUGGAGAAGUUAGGUGUCAUUAAACCUGUAAACACACCGACUGACUGGGUAUCUGCCUUAGUGGUGGCUCCUAAACGCAAUGGUGACAUUCGCCUAUGUAUUGAUCCGAAACCACUCAACGAGGCAUUAAUGCGGAACCAUUACCCAACACCUACUAUUGAGGAUAUUUUACCUGACUUGCAUCAAGCUCGUAUUUUCUCCAUUGUUGACGCAAAAGAUGGGUUUUGGCACAUUGAGCUCGACAGUGAGAGCAGCUAUCUAACUACAUUUGCUACACCAUGGGGCAAAUAUCGCUGGUUGAGGAUGCCAUUUGGAAUCUCGGUAGCACCUGAGGAGUUCCAAAGGAGAGUGGACGACGCCUUAAGUGGUAUUCCAGACAUCAGACCUAUACAUGAUGAUGUGCUAAUUUAUGGCUGUGGUGAGACAGACGAGGAAGCUGAAAGGGACCAUGAUGUGAAAUUUCGAGCCCUAAUGCAGAGAUGCAUGGAGAAAAACAUAAGGCUUAACCAGAGUAAGAUGAAACUUAAGCUCACAUCAGUGACAUAUCUGGGAUAUGUGAUCAGCAAGGAUGGGUUGAGUGUUGACCCACAGAAACUCAAGGCGAUACAUGAGAUGCCUACCCCAGAAGACAAGGCAGGAAUUCAGACUUUAGCAGCAGUGUUUGGCAUGGAACAUUUCGAGAAUUACACAUAUGGACGGCAUGUUAAUAUACAGUCUGACCAUAAACCCCUGGAAAUCAUUGCACGUAAAAACCUUCACAGUGCACCCAAGCGUCUUCAGCGAAUGCUAUUAAGACUGCAGAAAUUUGACUACAGCAUUGAGUACAAAAAGGGCACAGAGAUGUAUUUUGCUGACACCUUAAGUAGGGCCUAUCUUAUUGCUGACUCUGAUUCAGUUGAGGAGAACAUUCAUGACAUACAUAGCAUCAACCAUCGCGCCUACUUAGCAAUAUCUGAGGAACGAUAUUCACAGAUAAAGGAAGCUACAGAAAGGGAUGACUCUCUACAGUUAUUGAAGAAGAUCAUACUUGAGGGAUGGCCUGACUCGUCAAAGGAAGUCCACCCUGAUAUACAAGUGUAUUUUCCAUUUAGAGAGGAGUUAGUCGUUCAGAAUGGUGUCAUCUACAAGGCCGAGCGAGUUGUUGUACCUAAAUCUAUCACACAUAGUAUAGAUGAUCAACAGGAGGAACCUAUGAUCAGCCAUGAGAUUCCUGCUCGUCCGUGGCAAACCAUAGGAUGUGACCUAUUUGAAUGUGAAGGUAAAGAUUACCUCAUACUUGCAGAUUAUUAUUCAGAUUACUUUGAGGUGGAAAGACUUCAUGGUAAAACAGGAAGUUCGAUCAUUCGCAUGAUGAAAUCGCAAUUUGCACGUCAUGGAAUUCCAGAUCGAGUAAUAUCAGACAAUGGACCGCCAUUUGGAAGUCGAGAGUUUGCCGAGUUCAGUAAAAGUUACGAAUUUGAGCACGUAACAUCAUCGCCCAGAUAUGCGCAAUCUAAUGGCAAGGCGGAGAACUCUGUAAAGAUUGCCAAACGACUUAUUCACAAGUGUGUAAUGGACGGAAAAGAUCCAUUCUUGGCGCUCCUGGAUCUACGCAAUACGCCUACUCAAGGAAUAGGCUACUCACCUGCACAACGAAUCUUUGGUAGACGCACUAAGACACUAUUACCAGUAGCGGAACAUCUACUCAGACCACGUUAUGCUGACCGCACCAGGGAAAAACUCUUUGAACGCAAGGAACGUCAGACAUACUACUAUAAUCGAGGAGCCAAGGAACUAAAACCCUUAUCAGAAGGAGAUAUUGUUCGCAUCAGACCUACAGGAAAUGAAAAAGGAUGGAAAAAAGCAUUUGUUCAGGAACAGAGUGAUGUCAGAUCGUACAAAGUGAGAACUGAGGAUGGACGUGUAUACAGAUGCAAUCGACGUCAUCUCCGAUUUAGUCGAGAACCAUUCCGUCCUGAUCAUGAAAAUUCAGAGCCUGAACCGCUGACUGACCAAUCACAGCGCAAUGAUGAUCCAGUUCCUACAAUAGGCAACAGUGAACCAAGUCCAGCUCCACCAAUAUCAGAACUACGCAAUACACUAGAUUCCGCACCUGUUCAGCGUCCAAAGCAACCAGUCUCUUCAAGUCCGAUGAAGACACGUAGUGGUCGUGUAGUUGUGAAACUAAUGCGUUAUCGUGAUGUGUAG